CGUAGCUAGCUUGCUAGUUAGCUAACUGACUAUAUAUAACGCGAAUUUAGCUAAAUUUGAUUUAUGCAACUAUAUGGGUACACACGGCAGUACUACAGCCGUCGGCUGAUAAUCAACCAUCAGCUGGUUUGAUGUUGAUGGAUUGGUUUUUGGACAACUGUGCAGUGAGGUGGCACUGUCAGAACACAGAAAGACAUGAACCAGAAGCUUCUGUUCCUGGGGCUGCUAUAUUUUGUCCAGGGGAUGCCCUAUGGCCUGCAGUCGUCCCUUCUGCCCAUCUACCUUCGAUCCUCGGGCCUCUCUCUGACCAAGAUCAGCCUGACCAAGGUCCUCUACUUCCCCUGGGUGCUGAAGGUUCUGUGGGCCCCUCUGGUGGACCAGGUGGGCACUAAGAGGAAGUGGCUGGUGGCCACCAUGUCGGGGCUGUCUCUGACUUGCCUGGCCUGCACGGUCCUUUCCCCCGCCGCCGAGUUUGCGCCGGUCGCCACGGCGCUGCUGGCCAUGAACGUCCUGGCAUCGGUGCAGGACAUCGCCGUGGACAGCGUGGCGGUGCAGCUGCUGCAGCAGCGGGAGGAGGUGGGCUACGGCAACACGGCGCAGGUGGUGGGCUACAAGCUGGGCUCGGUGGCGGCUGGGGGCGGGCUGCUGGCGGUUGUGGAUGCGGUGGGCUGGGGCUCGCUCUUCCUGGCGCUGAGCGCCGUGUACUGCGCCGUCUCGCUGCACACAUGGCGGACCGCCGCGCUGAGCGCACCGGCAAAGGGCCACAGCACGGCCAGGACGAGCCACACUGCCCCGCAGAACCCCUGGAGAGUGUGGAGGGACCUGCUGACCGUACCUGGAACCAAGUGGACUGUGGUCUUCGUCCUCACUUACAAACUGGGUGAGCAAGGAGCUGUGUCCAUGUUCCCACUCUUCCUCCUGGACCAUCACAUGACCGCCGCAGAGCUAGGCUUCUGGAAUUCCAUGGUUGCCAUGGGAUUCUCCAUAUGUGGCUCCUCCAUUGGUGGCCUGCUGCUGUCAAAGUACAGUGUGCGGCCCCUGAUGAGAAGAGCCUUCGUGUUGCGAUUGGUCGGCAUGGCCUUCCAGACCAGCCUCCUGGGGGUACGCAGCUACUCCACCCUGGUGAAAGGUGGAGCCAUACUGAGUCUGAUCGUCCAGCAUUUUCUUGGGGGACUCAUCACCACCCUCACCUUCACCACCAUGAUGCACUGUACGCAGAGAGCGGACGAGAGCAUACAGGCAACACACUACAGUUUCCUGGCAACCCUGGAGGUACUAGGGAAGCUGGCCUUCAGCACCGUGGCAGGGUGGGUGGUGGACUGGGUGGGGUUCCAGGGAAGUUUCCUUUUGUUCCUCCUUCUAUCUGCCACGACCACGCUCCACGUCUGGAAAGCUACGGACAUGGGGGGUCAGAGGAAAUAGCUGUGACGGCACCCAGAAGCAUGUAUGAACAUGCGUAAGGAACUGUGGUUAUGGGCAAUGUUGAGGUCCCAUCACAUUCAGAUAGCCAGAGUGUGAGAAAAUCUCCACAGCAUUGACAACAUUCUAAAGCAUAUACCUCAGGCCUGAGAAAAAACUGCCAAUAUUCAUUAAGUUGACUGUGUGUGUGUGUGUGUGUGUGU